UAUCCGGAAAUACAAUGAUCGCCCUAGUGGCGGUGCUUAUCCUCAUUGCAAUCGUAUCGCUGACAUCUCUCCAUAUAUGGCGCCAAGACAAAAAUGCCCCUCCUGGUCCCCCACCGUAUCCUUUUGUCGGUAACUUCCCUCAGAUAGGCCCAGUCCUUCACAAGUCCCUGACAUCUCUUGGCAAGCAGUAUGGGCGUGGCGUGUUCCAGGUCCAACUCUUGGGCAAGCGCUUUGUCAUUAUUGACAACAUCAAGCUGGCAAGGCAAGUGUUACUCAAGAAAAAUGGGCGCGACGUGGCUGACCGAACGUCGGCGUACGUUAUAGACGCUAUAUCGAGAAAUGGAUGCAGUGUUAUAUUCGGCAAAUACAGUCCCACAUGGAAGCUGCAGAGGCGGGUGGUGCACUCAGCCUUGCGCAUGUACGGUAGUGGAGUCAGGAUCCUAGAAGCCUUAAUACUACAGGAGGUUGAUAAUCUUUGCGAUAUAUUCGCAAACUCGCAAGGCGCUCCAGUGGAUACAAAGCUGCCUUUGACUUUGUCAGUGAUGAACGUCAUUUGCGCGUUGGUUUUCGGGAAAAGGUACGGCCUCGAUGAUGCAGAGUUCUCGGAUAUUGUUGCGACGACGGAGUCCAUGGCAAAACUGGCAUCUCCAGAAAACCCACUUAUCUAUAUGCCCUGGUUGAGAUUCUUUCCACUUCAAGUAGUUAAGAAAAUGAAAGAAACGGUAACUGCGAGGGAUAGGUUGAUUCAGCGGAAGAUUACUGAACACAGGGAAACUUACAAAGAAGGCGAGAUCCGCGAUCUUACAGACGCUUUACUGAAGAGUCUAGAAGACGCCAAACAAGAGGAUAACAAUGCAAUGAGCCUUUUGACCGAAGACCAUCUACUCAUUGCAAUAAACGAUGUUUUCAUGGCUGGAUUCGAGACCACCACCACGGCCCUGCGGUGGAUCUUUCUCUACGUAGCCGCUUACCCAGAAGUCCAAGCUCGAAUUCACCAGGAACUCGAUGACGUCAUCUCUUUUGGAAGGGACCCUCUUCUAGCAGAUCGCAAAUCGUUGCCAUAUUUGGAGGCGACAAUACUCGAAGUACUUCGAAUCAGCCCUGUGUUUCCAUUGAUCAGAAGAAAAGCGAGGAAACAACUAAACAUCGGUGGAUAUUGCAUCCCUGAAGAAACCUUCGUUUAUGUUAAUUUGUGGGCUAUACAUCAUGACGAGGCUGAAUGGGUGGACCCUUACGAAUUUAGGCCAAGCAGGUUCCUCGAGGGCACCAAUAGUGCGAGUGCAUACAGCAUGCUACCUUUCGGGGCCGGUGUUCGUGUGUGCGUUGGGGAAUCCUUGGCGAAGAUGGAGCUAUUUCUAUUCGUCUCGAGAUUGUUGCACAGGUUCAAGCUCAAUUUGAAGGGUCAGUGCCCUGAUAUGGAAGGCGUCACGGUGACUGUCACGUGGCCGAAGCACCACGAGAUUUGCUUCCAAAAAAGGGUUAAGACACCCCAGUAAUACAGCCUUGUCUAUAAGACACUAGCUAGAGCUUUUCGUAGUGCCUGUAGUGAAAAAUAGGCAAUAAUAAUCCAACACACAACGAGUGUGUUUGCCUCUUAAAAACUCCCUAUAGAUAAUAUUUAUUAUCUGUCUAUAUAAACAAGGCCAAUUUUGUUUUUCUCUUUACCAGGGUGUACAUUUCAAUAAGCGCGCUCGUAUUAAAUAGGUACGUACCAUGUUCAAGCAAAUAUUUAAGAUCAUUUCAUGGUUGUUUUACGUCAACAGUGUGCGAAAGUCUUGUGAUGGGGUCUCCGAAAGGUUUUGAUAGCUACACGCACAAUUGAUUCCAUUGCGCACACACUGGUGUUUGCUGAAAUCACAUUUGUUUUGUUGCAUUGAACAAAUAGAUCUCAUUCUUUCGUGUGUCGUCCUCUAGUAAUCCUCGGAUGACGUGACAUUGUUUCAUGAACAAAAUUAAAGCCACGUCAUGCGGGAAAUUAACGCAAGGUGACGGAUUUCGCUAUUUUUAUAACUUUAUCAUUUUAGACAAUCGCCAACUUGUGCCGGUAGUUAAAGAUGCGUUUUUGUUUAGUUAGGGGUCAAUGGGAGUUGGCCCCUCCCCAAUUGUAGGCGUGUCCACAUUGUUUUCAAAUGAUAGUCGAGAAUCGUAAAUCGAGCGCCUAUUUCCGUUCCGUAUACAUCAACUCCCGGUAGAAAGUUGCCUGACUUCUUGAGCAGGUGUAAAUCUAUUUUAUUUUCUUAGCUUCGCCACAAUAGGCGGGGUAGCCGCAACAGCAUGGCCAUUUACUGCGGGCCCUUGGAGGCCUUAAAUCUAGGUAUAUUCUAGGUCUAAUAAAACUCUGGUCUAGCCAUGUUUUGUGUAAGAAAGCAAGUGCAAAAA